UACUUCCCAUUGCGUUGACCGCCCCUGAUUGGAUUUUUUUUUUGAUUUUGGUUCAUGUUUUCAAGAAAUCAGACAAUUGCUGUGACUUAGGAUAUUGAAACUUAGGUUCAUUAGAAUGUUCAAAACUACGAAAGGCACUUGUGCGUUUAUUUCCAGUAAAAAGAUGUCACCGUGAUUAUGUUAAACAAGGUUAUGACGAUCGUUUACGAGGUGUUGCAUAAAAUUAGAAGUUCGGUGGUAAAUCAAAAGUAUAUCACGACAAUAAACUCGCACUAAAAAAGGAGCACAAGAUGUACUGCAUACAAUGGUUAAUACCCGUGCUAUUGAUACCAAAGCCCAUCAAUCCUGCCCUGUUACAAACGCACGUAAUGUUCAUGGUGCUCUACUUGAUCGGAUUCUUCUUGGAGCAAAAACCAUGCACAAUGUGCACGGCCAUCUUCCUCGCAGCAGUCUUUCUCAUUUGUUACAGUGGAAUUGGGAACUGUCUGUUCUGGAACAAUAACUGCGAUUCUGUCAGAUGCGACAACGGUUAAUUCUACUAAACUCAAGAGCGUUUCUCUUAAGUUCUUCUGCUAUAUUCUCUUAGAAUAGCUCUUUUCUUGUCACGUUUGUGCGGGCGCACGAACGAACUAUUGUGUUGUUUAGAGUAUCACUAGGUCUUAGUAAAAAUUCCUUUCCGAGUAAACUUCUCCUAAAGACAAACAUUAUUUGAUCUGCAUCUUUUUUUGAACUAAUUUUUUUAAAACAAGUAAACGUUUUUGGAAAGUUUGGAAAAAUGUAAUUUGUUCUUGUAUUGCUGACUUUCACUAAGAAAAAGCUAGCAGAAUUAAUUCGGACUUCCCAAAAUUCUGAAACUUCUUAUCUGGAAGGGGCAUUUUUCCUAUGCGACAUGAUGCCAGGUCGAAGAUAUUUUCAAUUGUAAAUACAUCAUAGGCAGUACGCUUUUCACGGACGCAUAUCGAUACUGUACAUAAAAUUGUUCAUUAAAUUUAAUAUGUUAUUUAUAUUUUAAUUAUAGAAUAAUUCAUUCAUAUACUAUAUACAAAAUAAGCAUAUUUUCAAGGUACGAUUUUAAUUGAACAUUAUGGGUUUUAUAUUUAUGAAGUUAUCUCGAUACCUUGAUCGUGAUAUGUAAAUUAGAAUGUACGCAAUACAUACGUGCUUAAAAGCACAUUGUUUAAUAAAUAUAUCUUACUUACCUUUCCUUUACCGUUAUAGGCUGUCCGCCAAAAGGCAAGGAAACAUUUUCCGGGUUUUUCCCGAUUAUUAAUAUAUCAAAUUAAAGCUUAUAAAGCUGAAUAUUCAUUUGAAGUAAUCGACAUCAAACUUAAAAUUAUAAAAGUCAAAUUGGCACUCUUCUGAAUUCGAAACAUAUUUUAUAACUGUGAUAUUAACCAAAGAUAACAAUGUUUUCAUUACACACACAAAAUAUAAUAUGUACACUACAUUCCUGGCAAGAAUGUAUGUAUUUUUUUACAAAAUCAAUAAAUUCACUAACGAGGGCC